GGGGGCGAGUCACGCGAUUUCCGGGAACCCGUCAGGAAGGACAUAAACAAAACAAACCCGAGGCAGCAUGGAGAGGGGCCGCGGCCCCUGCAGCAGAAGCGGACCCAGUCCCUGAGCCGCCGCACAAGCACAGCCAUCCUAAUGGGUGUGUCAGAAAUUUUUGACCAUCUGCUCUGAUGAAUGUUGGAUGACUCAGAAGUGCUGCUCACCAUUGUGAGGAACCAGUUCCCUCCAGUUACUACAAGGGAGCGGUGGCCUGAGCCAGUGCCCUCUAAGGGGAGCUGCAGGGACGCCGGCCACAAGGACUGACGCUGCUUGUCCAGAAGACAUUCUCAUUUUCAGAGAGAUUCGCACAGGAAAGAAAAGCAGCGACCCAAGCAAUCUAAGUGAAGGCAUUCCAGGGAACCCUGCCGUUUAUUGUGAAAACCAUCUUUAAUUCUGAAAUUAAAAGUAAAGCUGGAAAGGAAUUUACAAACGAGAAAAAAAAGAAGUUGGGGAUCGGACUCACGGGACCUGGGCUUGGAAAUGCCUCAGCCCAGUGUAAGCGGAAUGGAUCCGCCUUUCGGGGAUGCCUUUCGAAGCCACACCUUUUCGGAACAGACUCUGAUGAGCACAGAUCUCUUAGCAAACAGCUCAGACCCAGAUUUCAUGUAUGAACUGGAUAGAGAGAUGAACUGCCAGCAGAACCCCAGAGACAACUCCCCUUCUCUGGAGGACUGCAAGGACAUCGAGAACCUGGAGUCUUUCACGGACGUCCUGGAGAACGAGGGCGCCUUCACCUCGAACUGGGAGCAGUGGGACACGUACUGUGAGGACCUGACCAAGUACACCAAGCUGACCAGCUGUGACAUCUGGGGGACAAAAGAGGUGGACUACCUGGGUCUCGAUGACUUUUCCAGCCCUUACCAGGACGAAGAGGUCAUAAGUAAAACUCCAACUUUGGCCCAGCUCAAUAGCGAAGACUCUCAGUCUGUUUCUGACUCCCUGUAUUACCCGGAUUCGCUUUUCAGUGUCAAACCAAGUCCUUUGCCUUCUUCAUUCCCUGGCAAGAAGAUCGCAAGCAGAGCAGCCGCCCCUCUGUGUUCUUCUAAGACUCUUCAGGCUGAGGCCCCUUUGUCAGACUGCGUCCAGAAAGCAAGCAAACCCACUUCAAGCACACAGAUCAUGGUGAAGACCAACACGCAUCACACGGAGAAGGUGAACUUCCAUGUGGAGUGUAAAGACUACGUCAAAAAGGCAAAAGUAAAGAUCAGCCCAGUGCAGCAGAGCCGGCCCUCGCCGAGCCAGGCGCACGCCGACGCCGCCAAGGAGAACACCUGCUACUGUGGGGCGGUAGCAAAGAGGCCGGAGAGGAAAGGGGUGGAGCCUCUUCAGGGUCAUGCCACUCCAGCUUUGCCUUUUAAAGAAACCCAGGAACUAUUGCUCAGUCCCCUGCCCCAGGAGGGCCCGGGGGCAGCUGCAGCAGGAGAGAGUAGCAGCCUUUCUGCCAGCACAUCGGUCUCGGAUUCAUCCCAGAAAAAAGAAGAGCACAAUUAUUCCCUGUUUGUCUCCGACAACUUGGGUGAGCAGCCAACCAAACACAGUCCUGAGGAAGAGGAGGAGGACGAGGAGGAUGUCGAUGACGAGGACCAUGAUGAAGGAUUUGGCAGCGAGCACGAACUUUCUGAAAAUGAGGAGGAGGAGGAAGAGGAAGAGGACUAUGAAGAUGACAAGGAUGACGAUAUUAGUGACACUUUCUCCGAACCAGGUUAUGAAAAUGAUUCUGUGGAAGACUUGAAGGAGAUGACUUCAAUAUCCUCUCGGAAGAGAGGCAAAAGGAGGUACUUCUGGGAGUACAGCGAACAGCUCACGCCGUCGCAGCAGGAGAGGAUGCUCAGGCCCUCUGAAUGGAACCGGGACACCUUGCCGAGUAAUAUGUACCAGAAAAAUGGCUUGCAUCAUGGGAAAUAUGCAGUAAAGAAGUCACGGAGAACUGAUGUAGAAGACUUGACUCCAAAUCCCAAAAAACUCCUGCAGAUAGGCAAUGAACUGCGGAAACUGAACAAGGUGAUCAGUGACCUGACUCCGGUCAGCGAGCUUCCCUUAACUGCUCGGCCAAGGUCAAGGAAGGAAAAGAAUAAGCUGGCUUCCAGGGCUUGUCGGUUAAAGAAAAAAGCCCAGUAUGAAGCUAAUAAAGUGAAAUUGUGGGGCCUCAACACAGAAUAUGAUAAUUUAUUGUUUGUAAUCAACUCCAUCAAGCAAGAGAUUGUAAACCGAGUACAGAGUCCAAGAGAGGACAGAGGACCCAACAUGGGGCAGAAGCUUGAAAUCCUCAUUAAAGACACUCUUGGUCUCCCAGUUGCUGGGCAAACCUCAGAAUUUGUUAACCAAGUGUUAGAGAAGACCGCAGAAGGCAAUCCCACCGGAGGCCUUGUAGGACUGAGGAUACCAACAUCAAAAGUGUAAUCAGCCUCAUUGGACCACUGGUCAGAACUGUCUGAGUUUGUCAUGUUAUCCGUUGUAAAUUUUCAUUCUGUUUUGCAUGUCAGUUUAGCAUUAUGUAAACAUUUGCAAUUAGGUUACAUUGUUUUAAGAACUAAAGUAGCAUAAGUGAAGCAUGAUCCAAAACACUUGAUUAUUGCAUUUUCAGAGCGUAAACCAUGGUUACAACUGCUACUGGCAUCAAAAUUGAAACUCACACAUCUAACUAAAUGUUUAGAUACAGAUCGCAAAAAUCUGUUAAAGCAGAACAUUUUGGGGGGUGAAGAUUUUAGUAAAUGCCAAAUAUCGUGGCAGGUUUAUGUUCUGAACUACAAAAAAAUCGAGGAAGCAGUUUUUUAAAGCAGUUUAGAUUGUUUUUAGAAUUAUUGCUUUUUGUUCCAAUUUUCCACGCCCAUCAGUCUCACCUGUACGCGGCACAGCCCAGCAUUCACGCCGUGCGCCGUGUCGGAGGUUCGCGUUCCGAGCUCAAUGCGGCAUAUAUAAAUAUAUAAAUAUAUAUAUAAUGUCUGUGCGAGUCAGAAAAAAAGCAUAUUCUUUGUGCCUUGUAUUUUGGGGAAACUAUAAAACUGGUAAUAUUUUGUAUGAUGAAAACCCUAAUGAGGAAAAACAAGAUAUAUAGAUGGAAAAAUUAUGGGGUUUAAAUGUUUUUUUGUUCCAACUCUUUUUCAGAAUUUUUGAAUGUAUAUAGGACUAUGUUGAAAUGUAGAUAUAUGCCACAGAGUCUGUGUAUUGUAUAAAAAAAAAACAAAACAAAAAACAAAAAAAAAGAUGGCUCUAGAAAACUCAUAUUUCGGUACUUGACCGGAAGAAGACAAAUACUUGCACAUUAUUGCGAUUGUUUUAUUUUUUUGUACCAAAGACAAAUGCAACUGAUAUGGCAAACUGCCAGUCUAAGUAAAGUUUUGCACAGCUUACAUGAUACUGUAUGAAUGUAUGAAUAAAAGGAGAAAAAAGAAAACGAAAAGGUCAGGGUUAGGGAUCUUACUGAACUGUGAAUUUUAUUUCUGUUUGGGUCCAAUUAUCUACAGAAGGAGCACCCACAUGUACAACUAUGAUUUCGCUGUUCCUCUAGUUCGCUUCCACGGUAGAUAAGUUGGUGGCCAUUUAGGUGUCUCGUCUUUUUGUUUCUGCACUUAUUGUAGAAAAAUUUAAUAUAUUUCAUUUUAGUAAGCUAUUGAUAAAAUAGUUUUUGACCUUGAAAAUUUAAAGUUUAUUUAGCUUAUUGUAGUAUACUUCCACCAAACAACCAAAAUACAGAUUAUUUUUAUUGUAUUAUGUAUAUAUAUGUAAAGAAAGAGAAAAGCUAAAAAUAUCUAAUUCUUUAGUUGCCACUUUUCCAAUGGAUGUAUUAUUGUGCAUGUAAUAUUUUCAAAGAUCAACACAAGCUUAAAACAAAAACAAAAAAAUUUAUAGAUUUUUAUAUUUUUGUACAGGUAUUUUCAAACUAGCUUCUUCUUCAGACUUACAUGUGACUUCUUCUAUAGUUUCUAGAACUGAGAAAUACUAACACAUUUAGUUUUUAGGUGCUCUGUUUUGCUCACAUGAAACAGCUUCAUUAGUCAGUGUUUAACUGUGUUCAAGCUUUACCUCUCGAUGAGAAGUUUCUGUGUCAAGGCAGCACUGCAACCCUUCCCCUGGGUCUUCCCAGCCUGUCUCUCUCUCACUGUGUGAUUCUCAGAUCUUGUGGUUUGAACUCUGAAAACUGGUAGCUUAAAACUAUAUGUUAAAAAAAAAAAUUCCUACCUAGCCAGAAAAAAAUACCAAAAAUUUCAGACCUAGCUGCUGAGAGAGUAUCUAUUUCUCCAUUACCCAUUGGAGAAUGUAUUCUUUAAUUAUAGUUUGUCUGUAUCGUGUAUUUCCUUUCUUUGACUCCUCCCACCCCCAGGCAUUUGUAAGCGAUUGCACACGAAGCUCUAGCUUACAAAGGUUUGAUUCUAAAACUCACAGUAACACCCGAGCGAUGCUUCACACGCUUCUUUGACUUCGCGCACUGUGACACACCCGAGUCUGUGGUGUGCUUGGUGGAAAUGUGCCUGGUUAGUGUGUUCACACCGAACAGAUGAUAAGCUCAGAUCUGUUGGUUGAAUAGAAUGUGAGCUCAUUGUUUCAAGUUUUUCCUUUCUAGGUGGGAGAAUGCAAAGCACAGGUUUGUAACUUGGAAGUAUGUAAAGUUUUGACAGGAUGUCUCUGGCAAAUUAAGACGUAUUCCAAAAUACAGCAGUUUUGCAAUCAGGGGAAAGUCAUUUUAUGAUAGAGAUUCAGCUGAUGAGAUUUCUAAAAUUGCCCCUUUCUAGCUGCUCUGUUAGGAAUUCUGGUUUUUGAUACCUUUUUCCUCUCUGCAAACCAGAAUUUGAUUUUUUGGUCUUGCAUUUCAAAAAAGACUUUGAAUCUGUUUAGUAGAUUCCAUAUCCUUGCAUUUCAGUGUUUUAUAUGUACUACUUAAGUUAAAUAGUUAAAAGCUUUUAAAUAGUUGAGCUUUUUAAUGUUGACACUUUAUUUUGUACCUAUUUAUAUACGUAUGUAUAUCUUAGAAAAGCACUUUGUUAAAAAAAUUUGCAUUUUAUAUGAUUCCUGCCAUUUGCUGCUAAAUCUGGGCUGGUCAGAAUGCUGCAGCGAUACUUGAUCUAAACAAAAACCUGGCGGUAAAAUGUAGAGUGCGAGUUAAACCCUCUUGCUGUUUUAACUUGAUCAUAAAGAUGACAUAGGCAAGCUGUGCAGCUUUACAUUUUAACCAGGGGACUCUGUGGCAUUUAAAACCGUCUAGAAAUGGUUGUACUUUAAUGCCAGUAAUAAUCUGCUUCCUCUAUUGUCAUUAAAUAUGUAUGUUUAAUGUAUCACACAAACAGAUCUUAUAAGGGUAAUGUAAAAACCCCAACAAUUGUACAUGUUCUGUUUUUGAAAUUGUGGCAUGUAUUUUUGGGUGAAGAUCCUUAGAGAAGAGCUCUCUAAAGGUUUUCCGUGUUGUUCAUACAUGGUAUACAGAUCACUCAUAAUGACGUCCAGAAUCUGUCUUUAAGUGAAGGCAUUGUGAACUCACCUCAGAUGAACCCAUUGUUCCAAAAGCAAUUAUAGAGACUCUGACUCUAGUAGUACUAUGAUUUCAAAACAAAACAAUACAAAA